GUUCAUGUGGCUGGCAGCAUCAGUCAAGGGCUGCUUGCUCUUUGUUGGCCUGCUGACUGUUCUCCACCAACAGCAUCAACACAAUGAUCCACCUGCUGAUGGGAGCCGCGUUGUUGGGAAGUCUGGAUGUCUCUGUCACAGAACAAGUUCCAGUGAUGCUUGCUCCGCCCACCCAGGUGAGGUUUGACUCUGUGAACUAUAAAAACAUCCUGCGCUGGACUCCACCCAACACCAGCCACCCACUGCUGUACUACAUUCAGUGGAAGAUUUAUGGAGAGCCUGAAUGGUUGGAUGUGGAUGGCUGUCAGGGGAUACAAAAGCUCCAGUGUGACCUCAGCACUGUGACCUCUGAACCCAGAGAGUGGUACUACGCCCGAGUGCACGUCUCCUCCCUGCCCUCCAGCAAAUCAGCCUGGGUUCUCUCCCCGAGAUUCAGCCCACGUUGGGACACAAAAAUCAGCCCUCCCGUUCUGAGGCUUAAUGUCACAAAUCAAGGGGUGGUGGUCAGCGUGAGAUCCCCCAAAGCUCUGGUCAAGAAGAUGCAAAGCAGGCUGCAUUACAAGAUCUACCUCACACACACAAGUGGACAGGAGGACGUGCUUGAGAUGGAGUGCUGCUCUAACAAGCUGAAUCUGAAGGAGCUAAAACACAAAGAGAGAUACUGCCUCCAAGCCCAGACCACCAUCCCCCACCAGGCCAAGAGCAGCCCUCUUAGCUCCUUGAAAUGUGUCACUGCACCCUGAUCACACAG